AUGACAACUUUGGCAUUGACUUCAGGUGGAAGUUCACAGGAUGAUCAAAUUUUGGUGGAUGCCCUGCCGUAUUUGGACACAGAAUAUAAUGAAUCAGAUAGGCAAAAUGCUUUGAAAUUGAUUGAACAUGAGUGUAAGGUAAGACAAUUUUUUGAGCUGGAAAAUUUAAAUUUUUGUUCAAAAAGUCUGAAUUUUAGCAAAAAAAUGGGGUUUUCUUUGAGAAACUGAAACUUUUGAAACAUAAAUUAUUGAAAAGCUUAUUUUUUCUACAAACUAGAGUUAUUAAAAAUAUUUCAAUAAUGUUAUUAUUCAAAGUUCCCCCCCCAAAAAUCACUUUAAUACAAAGCCGGAGUUUAGGUAAAAUGCAAACCUGGCACAGUUUUCUCAAAAAGAAUAUUAUUGCAGACGUUCCGACCAACAAAAAACUAUUUGACACAUUUAAGUGUGCCAGAUUAUGAUGCAUUUUUAUCGACUUGUAUGCAAAAAGAAAUGGAACGAAUCAAUCGAAAAGAGGAAAUGGUCAAAUUGGAUAUGAGUAGAUGCGAAUUACCGCCACCAUCAGCUGCAAAAGGAUUGGAUAGGAAAUUGUGGAGAAAGGUGAGCAAUUUAGGUACUUUGAAAAUAAUCUUUGGGAGAUGAAGCAACUUUGAUAUCACCUCAAGUCUAUUAAGAAUAUUUUUAAGGACAUUGAGACCUUCAAGAUCAUUGAAGCAAAAAUUGUAAAAUUGCAGGCUUUUCACUUCGAAAAAUAUGAUUUCUCUUGAAAAUUAUCGAAUUUUUUAUUUCCCAAAAAAUCCAGUGUUUUAAAAAUUGAUUAACAAUAAGAUUUUUAAUGAAUUUUUGUUUCGCUGGUUAUACCAACAACAAAUUCGAAAUUCAUAAUUUUCUAAGGAUUUUUCAUCCUAAAACAUUUCAAAUCUAAAAAUUCCAGGUUCUUCGAAAUGCCAAAUCUCAAAACGAACAUCUUCUAAUUCGACAAAUCAAUUUGGAAUUAAUGGACGAAUUCGCAGCUGAAAGUUAUUUGCAAAGAAAUAAAGAUCUCGAAAAUUCUUUGACUGAAAUUGAGAAAAAAUUGAGGAAAACCAAAGAAGAAGUUAUGGAAAUUCAUGCGGAUCGAAAAAGAAAUCAAUUGGAUGCUGGAAAUAAACUGAAACAGCUUGAAGAAUCAUGGGUUACAAUGGUCACAAAUAAUUAUAAGUGAGGAAUUUUUGAAAAAAUGACCUGAAAAACCGAAAAACAUUUUUUUGCAGAAUGGAACUUGCCACUCGACAAAUGUCUCAUGAAAACAAAGUUCAAAUCAAAAAAUUGAAAUUGGAUCCGGCGAUUUUUGAAACAAAGUGA